GAUAAAGACAAAAACAUACCGACAGGAGAGGAGGUGACAGAUGCCCAAGAAGAUGAAACUUUAUUUGAAGAAUCAAAGAAAUUUGAUUACUCAAAAUCUGAAGUUGAUACACUAAAAUUGAUUAAAAGCACAGAAUUGGAUGAAAAGCCUCAAAUAAUCCAUGGAGAACCAUUUACAGACAGAAAGAGUACUUUCCAAGCUCAUCUAGCCCAUGUUGUUACUCAAGACCAAGUGCGACAAGUUCUUGAAGAACUGAAGCAAAACAGAAAAAUAAACAAUGCCACCCAUAAUGUAAUGGCGUAUAGAAUUUUCAUUGAUGAUAGGAAUUCUUAUCUCCAUGACUGUGACGAUGAUGGGGAAGCCAUGGCUGGUUCAAGGCUCUUACAUCUGUUGCAAAUCCUCAACGUGAAAAACAUUGUUGUCAUAGUAACCCGGUGGUAUGGCGGAAUUCUUUUGGGUCCCGACAGAUUCAAGCAUUAUAAUAAUUGUGCAAGGGAUAUAAUGAAGGUUGCUGGACUAGUAGAAAGAAGCUCUGAUUUGAAAGAUUCUAAGAGUAAGGGCAGGGUUAAAGUCUGCAAGAAACAUUGA